AUGCUCAUUCCACAACCCCCUCGGCCGAAAACCGCGGCACCAGUCCCGAAACCCCAAAUCCACACGCACAAGAACCACCACACAUACAACGGCACCCUCAAACUGCCACAAUCGACACACGUCCGGAUCAUCCCUGAACCCCCUGCCGACAACCACAACAACAACAACAACAGCCCCAAGCCCGACCCCCGCACCCCACGAUACGUCAUCACCCUGCACUACGCCCACAACCGCGCCUGCGAGCUAUACCGCACCGCCCACGACCUGGACAUCCUCCGGCGGGCGCUCGGCGUGCCAGCCCACCCCAAACCGACACCCCCACCACCAAAAGCGACCACCGGCAUCAGCAACCUCGGCAGCAACAUCCAAACCGCUCCCACCACCACCACCACCGGAGAAGGACGACAAGCACAAGUCCAAGCACCAGGGAGAAAAAGCCGUAACCCCCUCCCUGCAAGCGCACCUGCUCCUGCCCCUGCGCGUGCGCCGCCACCAAGCGACAGUGCGAUUAUGCGCGGGAGGCGGCGGCUGGAUGAAGAUUGUAUACCCAGGGACUGGGGCACCCAGGAGGGAUAA